ACACACUUACUGGACCAUGGAUGACACCACUGCAUCAUUAAGAGCUUCUCUCAGCACACAUUACUCACAUGUCUGUUUAGGUUCUUGGCAAUAAUAAUAUUGAAUGUUGUAUUACCAGAGGAGACGAGCUGAUGUUAACUGUGUCUUAUACAGUAAUAAGUGAGAUCACCAAGAGAAACCAGUCACUGCUGUUAGCUUAAGUCUGAAAAAUCGGUGUGUCCAAGACGACUGCUGCAUUUUAUCACUUUAGUGCCCCAGACUGGGGUGAUAAGGGGUCAAGAGAACGUGAGAAGGGUAACAAGUGAAGGCACUUGAAGCUUCAUGUUACACUGUUGUCCAUGGACACAAGGAAUGUUUCAUCUGGACUCAGAUAGUUAUAAAUUACAUUCAAUUUGUAAUUUUAACAUACAUUAUCUCAAGCCACUUAACAUCGAAGGCCGAGACGUAACAAUUUAAGAGAAACCUAACAGUUCCCACAAUGAACCAGCACUUAAGCGACUGUGGAGAGAAUUUACUCCCUAAUUAGCAAGAAGAAACCUCCAGCAGAACCAGACUCGUCGGCAGUGUGGGCGGCCAUCUGCCUCGACCGGUUGGGGUGAGCAGAGAAAAAUUGGGAAGAGAGGAUAAGGUGGGUAGAAAAGAGGGGAAAGAAGAGAGAGACCAGGCAUACUUGUGUAACCAUCAUAUUUAAGAUCUGUCAGACUGGUUGUUAUAGUAGCAAUAAUGAUUAUAGUGAUAUUUAUAGAUAUAAUUAUGCUAUCAAUGAUAGCAGCACAAGUUCAUAAUAAUAAUAAUAAUAAUAAUAAUUGAGUGUUCAAUCUGGAUCCUGCAGCUCUGGAGUAAGAGCAGGUAUUGUCUUCUCUUCUCUUAUCGUUAACGUUAUUGCUGUCAGGGGAAGAGGAAAAGACAGAAUCCUUCAGUAUCUCGAGAUGUGGAUUGCUUAUUAUCUAGACAUGGAACUUUUUGUCUAAAUGGUUUGUUUUGGCUCAUUUACAUGAGCUUGAAGUGUGACCAGUCAACACAGAGAUAAAAGGGAUUUUGUGGUGGGAGUGGGGGGCUGUGCCCUCUUUAACACCUAAUUGCCACACCCAUAAGGUGCGAUUAGGCAUCUCACUUUUAAAUACAAUGCUACAGUAAUGAUCAAGGCUACCUUAAAAUCAGACAGAAUGAGAUAUUGAACCAAAACUUCCACAACCGUUUCGUUUUAUUUUGCAGUUGAGCUGAAGAAUAUAAGAGUGGAGAUAAGUCUCUUUGUAGCAAAACCUGAAUGUGAAUAAUUUCUCUUGUACCUCACAUCUGCGUUUCUCUGGGCUAUUAAAUCAUCGUUAGGGGUCUUGGUGCUGUGCCCACCCACCGAAGGAAGAUUUCAGGGAGGGACUUUGCCUCUCAACAUUUAACCAGUGAGCAGCCUGAUCCCGGAGAGGCAGAGGGCUUUUCAAAACCUGGAAUUAACCGGAGCAGAGCUGCACAGAGCCGGGAAGCGCUCACGUUUGAACCCCCAGGGAUGCGCAGGCUUUCUGUUUCUAAUGGGUGUACCUGGGGGUGAUGCACAGCGCGGAUCUGUAGAAGAGCUCUUCACCACUCAGUCAGCUGGACCAGGGGGUUUGGUGGCCUGCAUGUGAAGGGACAUAACUCCGCGGUGGUUCUACUAGAGACUCUGUUGGUGUGGAUGGACAGGUCACAAGUGCAUACGCAACUGUGUGGCAGCACCGCUGGAUUUACGCACCGCAUCCAACUUGGACUAUCUGCUUCCUCUCUUGUCGGGUGAAAUAAGGAGGAUGUAUGGAAUAAACCAGCGCUGUAUUUAUAUAUCAUUUCACUUUUUCGUGCUGUGGUGCCAUGCUCAGCAGUACGUGAGGACGCAGGGCGCAGUGACGGACCAGCUGAGCCGCAGACAGAUCAGGGUGUACCAGCUCUACAGCCGCACCAGCGGGAAACACGUCCAGAUUCAGGGCAAACGGGUCACCGCUACCGCUGAGGAUGGAAACAUGUACGCUCGCCUGUUUGUUGAGACAGACACGUUUGGCAGUCGCGUGAGGAUAAGAGGAGCAGAAAGUGGGCGCUACCUCUGCAUGAACCGGAAGGGUAAACUUGUUGGAAAGCCCAAUGGUCGGAGCAGGGAUUGUAUCUUCACAGAGAUAGUGCUGGAGAACAAUUACACGGCGUUCCAGAAUGCCAAGUAUGAGGGCUGGUAUGUGGCCUUCACCAGGAAAGGGAGGCCCAUCAAAGCCUCCAGGACGAGGCAGAACCAGAGAGAGGUCCAUUUCAUCAAGAGGCUACACACGGGCCCCCCUCCCUUCCCCAACACGAACCAAAGCAAACACUUUGAGUUCAUCCGAUUUCCGUCCACACGUCGAGCGAAGCGGAACAGGAAAUCACAUACCUCUUCUUAACACGCAGCAAAAGACAUGGACUGAUACCAGCUGUGAAAUAGGAAGAAACAGAUGCAAUUUUAUUUUUGUAUAUUUUUGAUAGGUAAGCAAUGGCGAAAAUGCCAUAAAUGUAGAGUAAUAUUGCUGUAAAAUGGUCACGUGUAAAUACUGAAAGAGAGUAAAGCAGAUGGAUUAUA